AUGGCUGCACGGGUGGAGGCUCUCUUCUGCGAAAAAACCGUACCGCAAUUACGCGAUUAUAGGCUCCAGCUAUCGCAGGAGCUGGUGCGCGCUGAAAAUAAGCUACGACUCGAGCUUGGGCACAGAUAUGAUGACCUUUUGGCGGUGACGAAAGAGGUGGAUACCAUUUUUGUGCAUUGCAAAGAGAUAGACGCCAGUCUGAUGGAGCUGUGCUUCAACGACAGCCAGUAUAAACUCGAUAACAUUUCAGAACCGCAGCUGCGUCAAAGAGGCGCUAAGCGCGCUACAGCGGUGCCAGCCGCAAGUCAUCGUAGCUCACACGCAGAAACCACGCUCUCGGUGGCCAGUUGGACUCGAGCGGUGCGUUCUUUCAACAAGGAUCCAGAAAACUCAUCCAAUUUUGACAAUGUAUUGGCCAAAUUCGCCGUUCUGCGGCAAUUGACCAAGUUGGACACGUUCCGCACUGCUGUUGAGUCCCACUGUGCGGGUCUCGAGAUGCGGCUGCUUGAAGAACCUCCUUCGUUCACGCCAUCUCAACUGGUGCAGUUGCACACGUUUCUGCAUGAGAAAAGCGCCAAUUAUGAAUUUCAACACCUCAACGAACUCGACCAGCUCAUUUUCGACAGCUUGUUGAAACAACAGGAUCUGAUCGAGGAACCGUAUGUGGGUCCGAAUGAAACCCUCGUCAUCAAUUUUUUGUCCAGCGCGCCUUUUAAGCGCAGACUCGUCGAAAAGCUUCUGCAAGACGCCCAGAUCGAGAUCCACAAUUAUCGGGCAGCAGCUCGCGACGACACACCCAUUGAAACCUACCGGCGGUGCGACAGCAGCAACAUUACCAAAUUCGUUCAAGACAUUGAUCUGUACUGUCGCGGUCUUACAACGCAGGGCCAACAAAGGCUUUUCGCUUUGGUUGAGAACACGCUUGUCACUCUUUCGAAGCUCAGAACUAGCGAUGCAACCGCUGACGAAAUUGCGUCGCUAAAAUCUCAGAUCAAGGCCAUUUUACAAAAGGAACUCGACAAAGCACAGUUGACGCAGGACGACGAGCACGUCGCAUUUGAAAGAGCUUUAGCAAACAAUUCUGAUCGAAACGCUGAUAUAAACGGUGCAAGAGAAGUACAGGCGCACAAAAGUGAUUCGCCGUCAAACGCUGAACAGCCCAUAACUACGACCGGCCCUGAGUCCGACCAAGACAGUGCAAACGCACCUUUGGGUCAAAAGAACGAAGAAUCUGACCGCACCGAUGUCUCCAAUUCUGUCCCGAGCGGCAUGCACACUACGCAAGACAACAAUAUCAAUGCUACCCAAGAUGAAAGUACAGAAACUCAAUCCCAACUAGAAGGUUCUGAAAUGACAAGUUCCAGUGUUCAAGGCCAACACGAGAGCUCCACCAUUGUCGCCACUGAUUCCUCUCAGAUAACCACCGACCAGAUACUUGACUCAUUGCUCUCGGUCACCAAUCAAACUAUUUUCCGCAGCUUCCUCAUACAAAAGUUGGCAAACAUUGAGUCAUCUUGA